CCACGGCCGGUGCAGGACUUCCUGUCCCGGUCCCGGGUUUGCACGUGCGGUGGGGCCUGAAGACGCCGCUGUGAGCUGGCCCUUGCGGCGUCCCAGACGCAGCGUGUCCGGAGCCGCAGGACCUGGAGGUGUAGUCGCCGCUCUUUGGUGUGAGCGCCCGGCGGCCGCAACAUGCCUCACAGGAAGAAAAAGCCCUUCAUAGAGAAGAAGAAAGCUGUGUCCUUCCACCUGGUCCACCGGAGCCAGCGAGAUCCGUUAGCAGCGGAUGAGACUGCACCCCAGAGGGUUCUGCUGCCAACACAGAAAAAAAAUGAUGAAGAGAGGCGAGCAGAACAGAGGAAGUAUGGAGUGUUCUUCGAUGACGACUAUGACUACCUACAGCAUCUGAAGGAACCGUCCGGGCCCUCAGAGCUGAUUCCCACAAGUACAGUCAGUGUACCCAAUAGGAGAAAUGAAAACGAAGAAACUUCAGUAAUUUCAGUAAGACUUUUCAACAAUUUGUGUGCGAAAGAGUGUGUGGGGACCACUGGAAUUAAGUUGCCUUCAUCAGUGUUUGCAUCAGAGUUUGAGGAAGAUGUUGGAUUGUUAAAUAAAGCAGCUCCUGUUUCAGGGCCUCGGUUGGAUUUUGAUCCUGACAUUGUCGCAGCCCUUGAUGAUGAUUUUGACUUUGAUGAUCCAGCUAAUCUGCUUGAAGAUGAUUUUAUUCUUCAGGCCAAUAAGCCAACAGAAGAGGAAGAGGGAAUGGAUGUGCGGAAAUCAGAGGCGGAAGAUGGCAGUGAGUGGGCAGAUGUGGACGAUGAGAAGGAAGAAGGCAGUGAUGACAAUGACUAUGACUCCGCAGGCUCAUUCUCAGAUGAGGAUGUGUCUACCCCUGGGAAAACUCUGGGGGCUCUAGAAAAUCACUUGUUCUGGGAAGAGGAAACGAAAAGUCGCUUUACUGAGUAUUCUAUGACAUCCUCAGUUAUGAGGAGAAAUGAACAGCUGACCUUACAUGAUGAAAGGUUUGAGAAGUUUUAUGAGCAGUAUGAUGAUGAUGAAAUUGGAGCUCUGGAUAAUGCUGAAUUGGAAGGUUCCAUUCAAGUAGACAGCAGUCGCUUAGAGGAAGUUUUGAAUGACUACUAUAAAGAGAAGGCAGAGAAUUGUGUAAAACUGAGCACUCUAGAACCCUUUGAGGACCAAGACUUGCCUGUGAAUGAACUUGAUGAGUCUGAGGAGGAGGAGAUUGUCACUGUCGUUCUUGAAGAGGUCAAGGAGAAGUGGGAUUGUGAAUCCAUUUGUAGUACAUACUCAAAUUUAUAUAACCAUCCACAACUUAUUAAGUAUGAACCAAAGCCCAAACAAAUCCGAAUAUCUUCUAAGACAGGAAUACCUCUCAAUGUCUUACCUCAGAAAGGAUUCACAGCAAAGCAAAUUGAACGAAUGCAGAUGAUUAAUGACAGUGAUCUGCCCAAGGUGUCAACCCAGCCACGCUCUAAAAAUGAAAGCAAAGAAGAUAAAAGAGCAAGAAAGCAAGCUAUAAAGGAAGAGCGCAAGGAACGGAGAGUAGAGAAGAAAGCUAACAAAUUAGCCUUCAAACUGGAGAAAAGAAGGCAGGAAAAGGAGCUACUGAACCUGAAGAAGAAUGUUGAGGGUCUAAAGCUGUGAGGGUGGAACAUUUAGGGUGAGGUGCAUUCCCCUUAGGGCUCCUCAUUGCAUUCAAGAAGGAAUGAGGGAUCUUCAAAGAGAUAAGACUGGUCUGCCUUUUUUAUUGGCAGGUAUUGAAAACAACACAAUAUUUGUAUUUAUAUCAGCAAGUUUGUAAAUACUGUAAUAUUUUUAAAUUUAAUAUGAUGAGCUUAGAUUUGCUCUGAAAUAAAUGACUUCAUAAAUGUGAAAUGUUUAGAUAAAUUAAAGAAAAUGUCUUCAUAAUUUAAA